AUGAGCGGCCGUCCCCCGAAGCAGUCCAUGUCUGAGCUUAAGCUUCGCAGGCUCUCAGAACACAACGCGAGGCUCAGGGAGGACCUCGCACGGCCACGGAUACGCGUCAGCGAGGCGAGCAAGAGCUUGAUCAACUACUGCAAGUCGACUCCAGACCACCUCAUUCCGUCUGUAUGGGGUCCGGUCAGCAAAGCGGAAGACCCAUUCGCGGUGCCCAACCAGGGUUGCCAGUGCGUCGUCAUGUAA